AUGAAAGACAGGGAGGCACAGAUUGAGGAAGAGCUGAAGAGGCAGAGACUCAACGAAGAUCUUCGCAAGUUAUUCGCUAGACAGGCGAACCAGUUUUACUCGUGGCUAACUGAAACGAGGACUAUCAUUGUGGAUAGCACUGGCUCACUGGAGAUACAACUGGAAGCUAUAAAGGCUAAAUCAGAGGAGAUUGAGUCAAGGCAAGAACAUUUGAAACACAUUGAAGAGCUAGGAGCUAAAGUUGAGAAAGACAGGAUAUUUGAUAACAAAUAUACCGAGCACACACCAGUUAGUCUGAAUCAGCUGUGGGAUCAGCUAAGACAGUUGACAAUGAGACUCCAGCAUAACCUGGAGCAGCAAAUACAAGCAAGAAACAUGACUGGUGUCUCUGAAGAUCAACUUCGAGAGUUCUCAACCACCUUCAAAUAUUUUGAUAAGAAUCAGAGUGGAAGGUUGGAGCAUCAAGAGUUUAAGGCGUCCCUUCGAUCAUUGGGAUACGAACUAGCAGUGUUGGAGCAAGGACAGACUGAUCCUAAGUUUGAAGCCAUUCUGGAUCAAGUAGACCCCAACAGGCUGGGUUACAUUACAUCAGAGGAGUACAUGUCAUUCCUCAUCAGCAGAGAAACCGAAAACGUACAGACAAUGGCUGAAAUAGAAGAUGCAUUUGCUGCUAUUUCAGGAGAAAGGGAGAAACUCUACGUUACCAGAGAGGAACUAUUACAGGCACUACCAGUGGAGCAGGCUGAAUAUUGUAUGUCAAAGAUGAAACUCUAUGUUGACUCCAACGGGCUUGAGAUAAGAGACUGUUACAACUAUAAAGACUUCACAAAAUCUUUAUUUUAG